AUGAACUCUACGGUUUCUCACAAGCAUCAUCAUAACCCGCUCUUCCACCACUCGACUCUCCCAGUUUGCCGGUUUCCCGCUUUACAUUUCUCCGGGGCGCAGAAUUUCAGGACUUCACGAAGGAGGAGAACGGCUCUUGUGAUAAGGUCUUCUUCUUCUGGAAAUGCAAAUGGGUCGGGCGGAUUUUCUUGGCGGGAUGUGUCGGAAUCUCUCCGGCGUGGUUCGGAGAAGCUGUUGCUGAAGUUCAGCGAGUCAGUGAAGGAGGAAACCGGGUUUGAUUUUGGAAGAGUCAAUGAGAUGGAACUCUCCAAAGAAAUGAACUCUACGGUUUCUCACAAGCAUCAUCAUAACCCGCUCUUCCACCACUCGACUCUCCCAGUUUGCCGGUUUCCCGCUUUACAUUUCUCCGGGGCGCAGAAUUUCAGGACUUCACGAAGGAGGAGAACGGCUCUUGUGAUAAGGUCUUCUUCUUCUGGAAAUGCAAAUGGGUCGGGCGGAUUUUCUUGGCGGGAUGUGUCGGAAUCUCUCCGGCGUGGUUCGGAGAAGCUGUUGCUGAAGUUCAGCGAGUCAGUGAAGGAGGAAACCGGGUUUGAUUUUGGAAGAGUCAAUGCCGAGGCGGGUGAGCUGCUGGAGAGAGCUAAGGUUGAGGUCAGUAAGGGCGAAGCCGAGUUGAAUCGAUUCAGGACCGUCGUGUUGCCCGAGUUUCUGGAUUGGAAUAGUUGGGACCGUUGGAAGGAUGUCAAGCAUUGGGAGCGGAAACGAGUAGCUGCCCUGAUUCUCUACGCUUUUGUGGUCUUGUUUUCUUUCCAAAGGGUGUAUGUUGCUGUUCGAGCACCUUUCAUUGCACGACAAAAGAAAGAAGUGACAGAGGCUUUCAUGGAGGCACUGAUUCCUGAACCAACUCCCAUUAAUGUUAGAAAGUUUAAGAAAGGCAUAUGGAGGAAGACAGUCCCAAAGGGUUUGAAGAUGAAGAAAUUCAUUGAAUCGCCUGACGGAACACUUAUUCGUGAUACCUCUUAUGUUGGAGAAGAUGCAUGGGAUGAUGAUGCAAUGCCACCGCAGGACAAUGUGAAGCAAAUUAUUGAAAACGAUAAAAGACUGAAUAGAGAAGAGAAGAAAGAACUGGAAGAAGAUUUGGGGAUUUCAGGAAAUAAAGAGCAACAAAGUGUAGGAUCAUGGCGUGAAAGGGUCCAAUUAUGGAAGGGAAUCCUCAAUAAGGAGAAAUUGGCUGAACAGUUAGAUGCUUCAAAUGCCAAGUACGCUGUUGAAUUUGACAUGAAGGAGGUUGAAAAUAGUCUUAGAAAGGAUGUGGUAGAAAAGGUAUCAGAAAGCAAUGGAGCAAGAGCUCUGUGGAUAUCUAAAAGAUGGUGGCGCUACCGUCCAACAAUCCCCUACACUUACUUUCUUCAGAAGCUUGAUUCCUCAGAGGCAAGUGUUGCUGCAGUUGUCUUCACAGAGGACUUGAAAAGGGUAUAUGUAACUAUGAAAGAAGGUUUUCCGUUGGAAUAUGUUGUUAAUAUUCCUCUUGAUCCAUAUUUGUUUGAGAUUAUCUCAAGUUCUGGAGUCGAAGUGGAUCUUCUUCAGAAACAGCAGAUUCAUUACAUUUUGAAACUUGUGAUUGCUUUGCUACCUGGAUUGCUGAUCCUGUGGCUAAUUAGGGAGUCAGUGAUGCUAUUACAUAUAACCUCAAGUCGUUUCCUUUACAAGAAGUAUAAUCAACUUUUUGACAUGGCAUAUGCAGAAAAUUUUAUCAUGCCGGUUGGUGAUGUUGGCGAUGUAAGUGAAACAAGGUCGAAGUACAAAGAAGUGGUGCUUGGUGGUGAUGUUUGGGAUCUUCUUGAUGAAAUAAUGAUCUAUAUGGGCAAUCCCAUGCAGUAUUAUGAGAAAGGGGUGAAAUUUGUUAGGGGUAUUCUUCUGUCGGGACCUCCUGGAACAGGAAAGACCCUAUUUGCCCGGACUCUUUCAAAGGAAAGUGGAUUGCCUUUUGUUUUCGCUUCAGGUGCAGAGUUCACUGAUAGUGAGAAGAGUGGUGCUGCAAGGAUCAAUGAAAUGUUUUCCAUUGCCAGAAGAAAUGCUCCAUCAUUUGUUUUUGUUGACGAAAUUGAUGCCAUUGCUGGAAGGCAUGCAAGAAAGGACCCACGAAGAAGAGCAACUUUUGAAGCUUUGAUUGCACAACUUGAUGGAGAGAAAGAACGAACAGGAGUGGAUCGUUUUUCUCUCAGGCAAGCUGUGAUUUUCAUCUGUGCGACAAAUAGGCCAGAUGAAUUGGACUUGGAAUUUGUUCGUCCAGGACGCAUAGACCGGCGCUUGUAUAUUGGUGUGCCCGACGCAAACCAACGAGUGCAGAUUUUCAGCGUGCAUAGUUCUGGAAAGCAACUUGCAGAAGAUGUAGACUUUAGAAAGCUUGUGUUCCGUACUGUUGGGUUCUCUGGAGCAGAUAUUCGAAAUCUUGUGAAUGAAGCUGCAAUCAUGUCUGUCAGGAAAGGGCAUUCUAAGAUUUAUCAGCAAGACAUUGUUGAUGUGUUGGAUAAGCAAUUGCUCGAGGGCAUGGGAGUGCUUCUGACUGAAGAAGAGCAACAAAAGUGUGAAGAAAAUGUCUCAUUGGAAAAGAAGAGACUUCUCGCUGUACAUGAAGCUGGCCACAUUGUUUUAGCCCACUUGUUUCCUCGCUUUGAUUGGCAUGCAUUUUCUCAGCUUCUGCCAGGUGGUAAGGAAACUGCAAUAUCUGUGUUCUACCCAAGGGAAGAUAUGAUGGACCAAGGUUACACUACAUUUGGGUAUAUGAAGAUGCAAAUGGUGGUGUCUCAUGGAGGCCGAUGUGCUGAGCGACUUGUGCUAGGGAAUGACAUCACAGAUGGCGGAAGUGAUGAUCUUGAGAAAAUAACAAAGUGGGACGACCCUUAUGUGAUCCCUGCCAACGUGACUCUUGAAGAAUCCGAGCUAUUCACUCGCGAGUUGACCAGGUAUAUUGAAGAAACAGAGGAACUUGCUAUAAAAGGAUUAAGAGACAACAUGCAUAUACUGGACAUGAUUGUCAAGGAACUUUUGGAUAAGUCGAGGAUAACUGGAUUGGAGGUUGAGGAGAUGAUGAAAGGCCUUUCUCCAGUAAUGUAUGAGGAUUUCGUCAAGCCAUACCAGAUCAAUGUGAAUGAGGAGGGAGAAUUGCCACAUAGUGACAAUUUGAGAUAUCAACCAGUUGACGUAUAUCCAGCCCCACUUCAUCGAUGUUGA